GAAGGAAUAAAAUAUCCCGUCGGAGCCGGCCUUGAUCGCCGUGAUAAAUAUCGUCCAGAUGACGCGUACCCAGUUAUACGGAAGGGCUUGUCUCCAGUGUUCUAAAUCCAAAUGCAAAUGCAUCUCUCGACCCGAUGGCCAGGGUUGUGAAAGAUGCUAUCGGAUGAAUAGAUCAUGUCAACCGGGCACCUCGACACGGACCCUGCAUGCUCAACGAAACAACACCGUUGCCCGCAUUUCGCAGCUCGAAGGCAAGAUUGAUAGCCUCGUCUUUCAGCUGGGGGCUCGUGAUUCAAAUGCUUCUUCUGAGACCUCUCAGCGCCCCGCAAUCUCCAGCUCCAGUUCACUCUCUGGAGAGGCUGCUUCCGCAUCGGCGUCAACUUCAUACGUAUUCGAGUGUUCACCAGAGUCACUACAUAUCUUCCAGGACCAGAUGCUCAAGUACUUUCCCUUUCUUCAUAUUCCUAGAGACGUCCAAUGGCUACACCAGGAGCGUCCAUUUCUCUCCCUCUGCAUUAUGAUGGUCACUUCUCGCUCAACCCAAACCAAGAUUGAGCUAGGGGAAAAGAUUCGAAAAAUCGCCACGGAACGUAUCUAUCUCUCCACUGAGCCAGGGGCCGUCAACAUCGACCUCCUUCUCGGUCUCUUGACCUUUAUCGCCUGGGCUCACGACCAUUUGCUCCACAACUGUGCGGGGAGCCUGUCGCGUGCCACUCAGCUCGCCAUGACCGUGGUAUUUGAUCUCCGUCUUAACAAGCCACUUCCCGAAGAUUCAAAUAUGCUCCCUGUCGGAGUCGAUCGUACCUGUGCAUCCUUGAACGUGGCUACGCGGACACUCGAAGAGCGGCGAGCGGUGCUAGCGUGCUUCUUAAUGAAUUCUAUAGUAUCAUCGUAUCUUGCGCAGCUUGACCCCAUGCAAUGGACGCCACAUAUGGACGAAUGCCUCGAAUUCCUGACGCAGAAUGCGGAAUCACCGCAUGAUGAAGUAUUGGCCCAUCAAAUCCGGCUGCAACGCAUUGCCAGUGAGAUGGAGAAUAUUCGAAGUUCAUCAGAACCCGUGCCACUGGCCUUCUAUCUGGCAGCUCUUCGGCGAAAGGUCAAUGAGGUCAAAGAAGGGAUAUCACCGGAAUUACGGCAGAAUGGAAUCAUCGGUGCCUCGAUAUAUUAUACCGAAUUGAGCCUCUUCGGGCUCAUACGUAACAUAAAAGAAGACCUUCCAGACUUACAGAGACUGGAUGCUCUCCAUGGAUGUCUCCACACAGCCAAGUCGGCGAUAGAUCGUUUCUUCGAGAUCCCAGUGGUCGAGUACUACGGCAUCUCGUUCCCAUUCUUUGGCUACCUCGCCCGAUCCAUCGUCGUCCUGUUCAGGCUCUCUAUCCUGAAUGAUCCCGUAUGGGACACCGGCUUGAUGCGGUCAACCGUGGACGUGCUGCAGGUGAUGGACCGAUUGAUCAGUAACCUCCAGCAAGCUAGAGCUGCGGCAGGGGAAGAGGCGGCCGGUGGCCAUUUAGACAGCUCGACCCGCAAAUUUCGGUUGAUCCGGUCCACGUGUGCUGCGAAGCUCGCGGAGCAUGAGCAGAAAAAUCGUACUGCGUUCCAGACGGCCAGAGAGAACGACUUGCAGCUCAACUCUCUGCUACUGGACUAUGGAUUGUUGGAUGAGAGUUUGACAUCCGGGUUGUUGGAAGGAACCCAGUUUCUUGAUGGGCUGUUAUGGUGAUCACCGCACGUUCUCAGCCACACGACAUGGUUGAAAAACUCGCCACAACGGAGUCGGGUCUGGCCAUAAGGACCGAAUAUGGCAAAUGUGCCCGCAGGUUAUCUGACAUGCUCUAAGGCCCUUGUUGCAAGAAGGACAGUGAGAACUAAACAUUGUUGAUACUAUCUCCCGACGGGAUUCGGAGACCGAUGCUAUUAAUAGCCCGAAAUAGCCGAGAUUUAAGCUUCUGUCACGUGAAUCCGACCAGAUCCGCUCUCGUGACCCACUCG